AUGGACGCUUGUCAAUGUGCCCCAUCGAACGACUGUAUUCAGCGCAAAUUUAACCCGUCUAGCAGACCCAACGCCACUCGACUCUUUCCAGGGGGUCUUUCGAGCAAUAAAGCAACCACGAGCAAAGGCCUUCUGCAAACGUUGAAUGUUUGUUUGAGGAGCAUGGUAGGUGGUAGUGUUGGCACCGAGCAUGAUGUUCGGUUCUAA